UUGACACAAACAGUCGCAUUUAAUGCUAAGCUGUUGGUUUUCCAAACCGAUUCUGACAACCUGUUCCAUGAUUGUUCCUGAUCCUGUCAUCUGAACGUAAAAGUAGUGGAAUAUUUGAACCUGUGUAACAUACUUACAUUCAUAGUCACAGUUCCUGGGUAUUUUAAUUUUUUAAAUCUACACAAUUUUGAGAACAUUGUUUGAACACCUUUUGAUUAGGAAAACUUCCGUAUUCUUUGACAAUGGCUAAAAUUAAGAGAAAAGCUGACAAGCGGUUUGUCUCCCUUUUGAUCUCUGUUAUUUGUGCAUACAUUUCGGCCAUUUGUGUAAUCAUAGGCCUGUGCACCAAUUACUGGAUUGAGAUUAAGAACCGUAACCUUUACAGAGAAGAAACCAUAGCCCAUUUUGGAUUGCAGAGGGUAUGCUGGUCAAAUAGCGACAGGUGUACCAAUUCUGGCCUUGAUUAUGACAGAACAAAUACAGCACCAGCAGCUGAAGGACUAUUGAUAACUGGUGGCUUUGUUCUGGUUGUUGCGUGUUGUUUGGCACUUUUCAAUACCUACCUUCACCAGCUAGGGAGGUCAAAUCAAAUACUGUCUGCUGUUAUAGCUGCUGUACUGGUUCUAGCAUCUGUAUUUCUUUUUGUGGGUAUUAUUAUAUUUGGUGUCAAGGUUGAAGUCAGGACAGAGUACCUGAAUGUGGGCAAUGUCCAGUACAUGGGAUACUCUUUUGGACUUACCACCACUGCUGCUAUCUUGCUGUUGAUAGGUGCAGGCUUUCAUGCUAUAACCAGCUGUUCACAAGCCCAACCAAAAUUUAACCAAAAUUUAUUUUUUCAAUAAUACAUUCCCACUCAGAAUUAAGCUGUCAGUGUAAGGCAGCUUCCUUACAAAAUAAAAAGAUUUUUUGUAAAUAAUGUUAAUGUACAUCAUUUUUUUUUUUUUUUUUUUUUGGUAAAAAUAUGCCAUAUUACUCCAACAUUCCAUAUUUUUAGAUUUUUUAAAAUAUAUGAUUUUGAUACUAAGGAUAUUAUUAUCUUUGUAUAUAUAGCAAUGUACUGUAUGUUUUCCGUUUUUUUUUUUUUAAAUGAAGUUAUUUGCGAAUGCAAAAAAAAAAAGUUUUAUCUUUUUUAAUUAAUUUGCGCGAAAAUAUUUUUUUUUUAUACAUAUACUCACAAUUUUAUUAAUUUUUUUUUUCAUAAUGUCUUGACUAUUUUAACUAUUUAUUUUAAUUCUGUUAAGCUAUCAAAAUCAAUUUUGAAUAUCUUAUCUUUACUAAUGUUAAAAUUAUCUUUCCCAAUCUUACAAUUAGUUGACAUUCUCAGCUUCAGGCUAGACCAGUCCAAAUUUUUGAGCAUCCUCUUUCAUAUGUGUCAUUGUAUUUUAUUUCGUUAGUGUCAUUGUAUUUUCUUUCAUUAGUGUCAUUGUGUUUUCUUUCAUUAGUGUCAUUGUAUUUUCUUUCGUUAGUGUCAUUGUAUUUUCUUUCGUUAGUGUCAUUGUGUUUUCUUUCAUUAGUGUCAUUGUAUUUUCUUUCAUUAGUGUCAUUGUUCUUUCAUUAGUGUCAUUGUGUUUUCUUUCAUUAGUGUCAUUGUAUUUUCUUUCAUUAGUGUCAUUGUAUUUUCUUUCAUUAGUGUCAUUGUUCUUUCAUUAGUGUCAUUGUGUUUUCUUUCAUUGGUGUCAUUGUAUUUUCUUUCAUUAGUGUCAUUGUGUUUUCUUUCAUUAGUGUCAUUGUAUUUUCUUUCGUUAGUGUCAUUGUGUUUUCUUUCAUUAGUGUCAUUGUAUUUUCUUUCAUUAGUGUCAUUAUUUUGCAACAACUCUA